AUGACGAUCACGGACGUCAGACUCGAAUACCUGGAGGCAGUUGCUUCCCUCGUCCUCAAGUUCAAGCCAGACAAGUGGAGCAAACUGAUUGGGGCGGAGGAGAACAUGGCCUUGUUCACGGAAUUCUUCGAAAAGCCGGACGUCUCGGUUCUGGUGCUGACGCUCAACCCCGCCGGCAUGAUUGUGCCCUGCCUGGGCUUCCCGGAGUCCCUCAAGUCCAAAGGGGUUUACUUCCUCAAGACGGAGCCCAGGGCCAUCAGCAAGACCAACUACAAGACGUGCCUGCUCUACGGGGACAUAGGCCCCGCGCCCGUGGGCCAGCUGAUCGCAGUGGUGGAAGAGGUCCUCUACUCUCUGCUAAACCAGAGCGAGAACAUGGAAGGCUGGCCCCGCGUGGUGUCAGAAGACAUCAUGAAGCAGGUGCACAGGCUGAAGAACGAGAUGUUUGUGACGGGCGGCAAGAUCAAGGGGAAAACCCUGCUGCCCGUCCCCGAGCACCUGGGCAGCCUGGACGGCACGCUGGAGUCCAUGGAGAGGCUCCCCUCCUCGCUGGACAACUCUCUCCUGCACGCCAUCGAGACCAUCAUCAUCGACUGGUCCCACCAGAUCCAGGACGUGCUGAGCAAGGACUCGGCCCAGGCCCUGCUGGACGGGCUGCACCCGCUGCCCCGAGUCGAGUUCGAGUUCUGGGACACCCGGCUGAUGAACCUCAAGUGCAUCCACGAGCAGCUCAACAGACCCAAAGUGAACAAGAUAGUCGAGAUCCUGGAAAAGGCCAAAAGCUGCUACUGGCCCGCCCUGCAGAACGUGUACACGAACGUCACUGAGGGGCUGAAGGAGGCGGAGGACAUCGUGCUCUAUCUGAAGCCCCUGCGGGUGCUGUUGGAGGAGAUGGAACAGGCCGACUUCACGCUGCUCCCCAACUUCAUUGCCAAGGUGCUGGGCACCAUCGGCUUCAUCUGGGCCACCUCGGAGCACUACAACACGCCCUCCAGGGUUAUCGUCAUCCUGCAGGAGUUCUGCAACCAGAUCAUCGAGAUGACUCGAACCUUCCUGAGCCCGGACGAGGUGCUGAAGGGCCUGCAGGGCGAGAUCGAGGAGGUCCUGCUGGGCGUCUCCCUGUCGGUGACUGUCCUCAAGGAGCUGCACCGCGCCUACGACUUCUGCUGCGCCAACAUGAAGCUGUUCUUCAAGGACAAAGAGCCUGUGCCGUGGGAAUUCCCUUCGUCCCUGGCAUUUUCCAGAAUGAACUCCUUUUUCCACCGUGUCCAGACCAUCGAGGAUCUUUAUAAAACUGCGAUCGAGUUUCUGAAGCUGGAGAAGAUCGAGCUGGGGGGAGUGAAGGGCAACAUCCUGGGGAACCAGGUGACGCAGAUCUACGAAGAGGUCUUCGAGCUGGUGAAGGUUUUUGCCGACUGCAAAUAUGACCCCUUGGACCCCGGAGACUCGAGUUUUGACUCCGAUUAUGCUGAUUUUGAGACCAAAAUUCAAGAUCUGGACAGGAGGCUGGCCACCAUGUUUGGCCAAGCCUUUGACGAGUGCAGCUCUAUCGAGUCCUCUGCAAAGCUCCUGUACAUGUGCGGGAGCCUCUUGGAGCGGCCUCUGAUCCUCGCCGAGGUGGUGCCCAGGUACUCGGUCAUGCUGGAGAUGUUCGACAUGGAGCUGGACAACGCCAAGGUCAUGUACGACGCGCAGAUGGCCGCCUCCGCGGAGGGGAACAUCCCCCCGAUCCACAAGCACAUGCCCCCCGUGGCCGGGCAGCUCAAGUGGAGCCUGGAGCUGCAGGAGAGGCUGGAGGUGUCCAUGAAGCACCUCAAGCACAUCGACCACCCGGUCAUGUCCAGCGAGGAGGCCAAGCUGGUGUACCAGAAGUAUGACGAGAUGGUGGCCCUGCUGGGGAGCUACCGCCAGAAGAUCUACCAGCAGUGGGUGGAGAGAGUGGACCAGGACUGCCACUUCAACCUGGGGCAGCCGCUGAUCCAGCGCAGCGCCACCACAAACCUCAUCCACGUCAACUUCAGCAAGGCGUUGGUGGCGGUUCUGAGAGAAGUCAAGUACUUGAACUUCCAGCAACAAAAGGAGAUUCCAGGCAGUGCAGAGAAUCUGUUCUCAGACAACGAGACCUUCCGCAAGUUUGUGGGCAACUUGGAGCUCAUCGUUGGCUGGUAUAACGAGGUAAAGACUACAGUGAAGGAAGUAGAAUUCCCACUAAUAAAGUCAGAAUUGGAAGCAAUCGAUGUCAAAUUGGGGAGUGCGGAAACGACAUUGUUCUGGAAUGGUGAAGGUGUGUUUCAGUACAUUCAAGAGAUGCGAGAAAUUCUGUAUAACUUGCAGAACAGGAUGCAAAAAGCAAAGCAAAACAUAGACACGAUUUCGCAGGUCAUGAAGGACUGGUCGGCCAACCCGAUGUUUGAAAGAAAGGACAACAAGAAAGAGGCCCUGCUAGACCUGGACGGAAAGAUGGCCAACCUCAACAAGCGCUACUUGGCGGUGAAGGACGCCGGCCUGAAGAUCCAGGCCAUGGUUGCGGAAAACGCAGAACUAUUCAGAGCAGAUACGUCGAGCCUGCCCUGGAAGGAUUAUGUCAACUACAUCGACAACACAGUCUUAGACGAAUUCGCCGAUUUCAUUUGCAAAUCUCUAAAUUACCUGAUGGACAACAUGGUUUUAGAUGAGAGCAUCGCGCCCCUGUUCGAGAUCCGCAUGGAGCUGGAAGAGGAAGGGCUCACCUUCAACCCGUCCCUGGAGGUGGGCUCGGAUCGCGGCUUCCUGGCGCUGAUCGAGGGCCUGGUCAACGACAUCUACAACGUGGCCAGGCUCAUCCCCCGGCUGGCCAAGAACAGGCUGAGCUACAGGACGGACCUGGAGGACAUGGCAGACCUCAUAGAGAUGUGGGAGGAGUUGUCCACCGUGGUCAUCAACACCAUGAAGGAGGCCGAGGAGUACCAGGACUCCUUCGAGAGGUACACCUACCUCUGGAUGGACGACCCCCAGGAGUUCAUGAAGAAUUUCCUGAUCUUUGGGCACCCGCCAACCUCGGAGGACUUGGACACCCGGACGGAUGAUACCCCCAAGACGCCGCCCACCCUCGCUCAGUUCCAGCAGCAGAUCGACACCUACGAGAAGCUGUAUGAGGAGGUGUCCAAGUGCGAGAACACCAAGGUGUUCCACGGCUGGCUGCAGUGUGACUGCCGCCCCUUCAAGCAGGCCCUGCUCAGCACCAUCAAGCGCUGGAGCUUCAUGUUCAAACGGCACCUGAGCAACCAUGUUGUCAACAGCCUCGCAGACCUGGAAGCCUUCAUAAAAGUCACCAGAACGGGCUUAACCAAGCCCCUCAAGGAGGGGGAUUACGACGGCCUGGUGGAGGUGAUGGGGCACUUGAUGAAGGUCAAGGAGAGGCAGGUGGCCACCGAUAGCAUGUUUGAGCCCCUGAAGCAAACCAUCGAGCUGCUCAAGUCCUACGGGGAGGAGAUGCCGGAGGAAAUAUACCUGAAGCUGCAGGAGCUGCCGGAGCAGUGGACGAACACCAAGAAACUGGCCGUCCAGGUGAAGCAGAAUGUGGCCCCCCUGCAGGCCAACGAGGUCAACAUCCUGCGCCGGAAGUGCCAGCAAUUCGAGUUCAGACAGCACGAGUUCAGGGAGAAGUUCAGACGAGAGGCCCCCUUCUCCUUCAGUGACCCCGACCCCUACAAGUCCCUGAAUAAGCAACAAAAGAGCAUCGCGUCCAUGGAGAGCACCAUGGAGGCGCUGUCCAAGUCCGCGGGCCUGUUCGAGGUCACCGUCCCCGACUACAAGCAGCUCAAAGCCUGCCACCGGGAGGUCCGCCUGCUGAAGGAGCUCUGGGACAUGAUCGUCAUGGUGAACACCAGCAUCGAUGACUGGAAGACCACCAAGUGGAAAGACAUCAACGUCGAGCAGAUGGACAUAGAUUGCAAGAAGUUUGCCAAAGAUGUGAGGUCUCUGGACAAGGAGGUGAAAACCUGGGAUGCCUUCGUGGGGCUCGACAACACGGUGAAAAACAUGAUCACAUCCCUGCACGCUGUGAGCGAGCUGCAGAACCCUGCCAUUCGGGACCGCCACUGGCAACAGCUCAUGCAGGCCACCAAGGUGAAAUUUGAAAUGUCGGAUCAGACGACCCUGGCGGAUUUGCUCCAUCUGAACCUCCACAAUUACGAGGACGAGGUCCGCAACAUCGUGGACAAGGCCGUGAAAGAGUCCGGGAUGGAAAAGGUACUGAAAGCCUUGGAUAGCACCUGGACCACGAUGGAGUUCGAGCACGAGCCGCAUCCGCGGACGGGCACCAUGAUGCUCAAGUCGGACGAGGUCCUGGUGGAGACGCUGGAGGACAACCAGGUGCAGCUGCAGAACCUGAUGAUGUCCAAGUACCUGUCCCACUUCCUGAAGGAGGUGACCAGCUGGCAGCAGAAGCUGUCCAUGGCAGACUCGGUCAUCUCCAUCUGGUUGGAGGUCCAGAGGACCUGGAGCCACCUGGAGAGCAUCUUCAUCGGGUCUGAGGACAUCCGAGCCCAGCUCCCAGAGGACUCCAGGCGCUUCGAUGUCAUCGACCUGGAGUUCAAGGCCUUGAUGCAAGACGCGGUGAAAACACCCAACGUGGUGGAAGCCACCAACAAGCCGGGUCUCUAUGACAAACUGGAAGCCCUGAAGAAAAGCCUGGCCGUGUGUGAGAAGGCCCUGGCAGAAUACCUAGAGACCAAGAGACUGGCCUUCCCCAGGUUCUACUUUGUGUCCUCGGCCGACCUGCUGGACAUCCUCUCCAACGGCAACGACCCUGUGGAGGUGAGCCGCCACCUGUCCAAACUCUUUGACAGCCUGUGUAAACUCAAGUUCCGGCUCGAUGCCAAUGAGAAGCCGCUCAAGUUUGGCCUGGGCAUGUACAGCAAGGAGGACGAGUAUGUGGAGUUUGAUCAAGAAUGUGACCUCUCGGGGCAGGUGGAGGUCUGGCUGAAUCGCGUGCUGGACAGAAUGGUCGCCACCCUCCGACACGAAAUCCCAGAGGCCGUGGUGACGUACGAGGAGAAGCCGCGGGAGCAGUGGAUCUUUGACUACCCCGCCCAGAUUGCCCUCACGUGCACCCAGAUCUGGUGGACCACCGAGGUGGGCCUGGCGUUUUCGAGGCUGGAGGAAGGCUACGAGAACGCCAUCAAAGAUUAUAACAAAAAGCAGAUCAGCCAGCUGAACGCGCUCAUCACGCUGCUCAUCGGGAACCUCAACGCUGGCGACAGGAUGAAGAUCAUGACCAUCUGCACCAUCGAUGUGCACGCACGCGACGUGGUAGCCAAAAUGAUCACUGCCAAGGUGGAGAGUUCUCAGGCCUUUACCUGGCAGUCCCAGCUCCGGCACCGCUGGGAUGACGAGAAGCGACACUGCUAUGCCAACAUCUGCGACGCCCAAAUCCAGUAUUCCUACGAGUAUCUGGGCAACACGCCGCGGCUGGUCAUCACCCCGCUCACUGACAGGUGCUACAUCACCCUGACACAGUCCCUCCAUCUGAUCAUGGGCGGGGCCCCCGCUGGCCCCGCCGGGACCGGCAAGACGGAGACGACCAAGGACCUGGGCAGGGCGCUGGGCACCAUGGUGUACGUCUUCAACUGCUCCGAGCAGAUGGACUACAAGUCCUGUGGAAACAUCUACAAGGGCCUGGCGCAGACCGGCGCCUGGGGCUGCUUUGACGAGUUUAACCGGAUCUCGGUGGAGGUCUUGUCCGUGAUCGCCGUGCAGGUCAAAUGUGUCCAAGAUGCCAUUCGGGCCAAGAAAAAAACAUUUAAUUUCCUCGGAGAGAUGAUACGUCUCAUCCCCACCGUGGGCAUCUUCAUCACCAUGAACCCUGGGUACGCUGGGCGCACGGAGCUGCCUGAGAACUUAAAGGCCCUGUUCAGGCCCUGCGCCAUGGUCGUCCCCGACUUUGAACUGAUAUGCGAGAUCAUGCUGGUGGCCGAGGGCUUUCUGGAAGCCCGCCUUCUGGCCAGGAAGUUCAUCACCCUCUACACCUUGUGCAAGGAGCUGCUCUCCAAGCAGGAUCACUACGACUGGGGCUUGCGAGCCAUCAAGUCCGUGCUGGUGGUGGCCGGCUCCCUGAAGAGGGGGGACCCCAGCCGGGCAGAGGACCAGGUGCUCAUGAGGGCUCUGAGAGACUUCAACAUCCCCAAGAUCGUGACCGACGACCUGCCCGUGUUCAUGGGGCUGAUUGGGGACCUCUUCCCGGCUCUGGAUGUGCCUCGCAAACGAGACCUGAACUUUGAGAAGGUCAUCAAGCAAAGCAUCGUGGAGCUCAAGCUGCAGGCAGAGGACAGCUUCGUGCUCAAAGUCGUGCAACUGGAGGAGCUGCUGCAGGUGCGGCACUCAGUGUUUGUCAUCGGGAACGCGGGCAGCGGCAAGUCUCAGGUCCUCAAAUCCCUCAACAAGACCUACCAGAACAUGAAGAGGAAGCCGGUCGCCGUGGACCUGGACCCCAAGGCUGUCACCUGCGACGAGCUCUUUGGCAUCAUCAACCCGGCCACCAGGGAGUGGAAAGACGGCCUGUUCUCCACCAUCAUGCGUGACCUGGCCAACAUCACGCACGACGGCCCCAAGUGGAUCGUCCUCGAUGGGGACAUAGACCCUAUGUGGAUUGAGUCCCUCAACACCGUCAUGGACGACAACAAGGUCCUCACCCUGGCCAGCAACGAGCGAAUCCCCUUGAACCGCACCAUGAGGCUGGUGUUUGAGAUCAGCCACCUGAGGACGGCCACCCCGGCCACCGUCUCCAGGGCCGGCAUCCUCUACAUCAACCCGGCGGACCUCGGGUGGAACCCGGUGGUGAGCAGCUGGAUCGAGAGGCGCAAGGUGCAGUCCGAAAAGGCCAACCUGAUGAUCCUGUUCGACAAGUACCUGCCCACCUGCCUGGACAAGCUGCGCUUCGGGUUCAAGAAGAUCACGCCGGUGCCCGAGAUCACGGUCAUCCAGAUGAUCCUGUACCUGCUGGAGUGCCUGCUCACCGAGCGCAACGCGCCGCCCGACUCCCCCAAGGAGCUGUACGAGCUCUACUUCGUGUUCGCCUGCUUCUGGGCCUUCGGCGGGGCCAUGUUCCAGGACCAGCUCAUCGAUUAUCGCGUCGAGUUCAGCAAGUGGUGGAUCAACGAAUUCAAAACCAUCAAGUUCCCCUCACAGGGGACGGUUUUCGAUUACUACAUCGACCCUGACACGAAGAAGUUCCUGCCCUGGACAGAUAAAGUCCCCAACUUCGAGCUGGACCCGGAUAUCCCGCUGCAGGCCUCUUUGGUCCACACCACGGAAACCAUCCGCAUCCGCUACUUCAUGGACUUGCUCAUGGCGAAGUCCUGGCCGGUGAUGCUGGUGGGGAACGCGGGGACGGGCAAGUCGGUGCUGAUGGGGGACAAGCUGGAGAGCCUGAGCACCGACGAGUACCUGGUGCAGGCCCUGCCCUUCAACUUCUACACCACCUCCGCCAUGCUGCAGGGUGUGCUGGAGAAGCCACUAGAGAAGAAAUCGGGGAGGAACUACGGGCCGCCGGGCACCAAGAAGCUAAUCUAUUUCAUCGACGACAUGAACAUGCCCGAGGUGGACAAGUACGGGACGGUGGCCCCACACACCCUCAUCCGGCAGCACAUGGACCACGGGCACUGGUACGACAGACAGAAGCUGACGUUGAAAGACGUGCACAACUGUCAGUAUGUGGCCUGCAUGAACCCCACUGCCGGAUCCUUCACCAUCGACCCCAGACUGCAGCGCCACUUCUGCGUGUUUGCCGUGAGCUUCCCCGGCCAGGAGGCCCUCACGACCAUCUACAACACCAUCCUGGCGCAGCACCUGGCCUUCCGCUCCGUCUCCAUGGUGGUCCAGAGGAUGAGCGGCCAGCUGGUGGCCGCGGCCCUGGCCUUGCAUCAGAAAGUCGCGGCAAUGUUCCUGCCCACAGCCGUUAAGUUUCAUUACAUCUUCAACCUCAGGGACCUCUCCAACAUCUUCCAGGGACUCUUAUUCUCCACGGCGGAGAUUCUGAAGUUCCCACUGGACCUUGCCCGCCUUUGGCUGCACGAAGCUGAACGAGUGUAUGGUGACAAGAUGGUUGAUGAAAAGGACCAGGACACGUUGCGCAGAGUCACCAUGGCUUCCGUCAAGAAAUUCUUUGAUGAUCUUGGUGAGGAACUCUUAUUUGCCAAACCCAAUAUCUUCAGCCACUUCACUCAGGGGAUCGGUGAUCCCAAAUACUUCCCUGUAACCAACAUGGCUCACCUGAACAAGCUACUGGUAGACGUCCUAGAUAGUUACAACGAAGUCAACGCAGUCAUGAAUUUGGUGCUGUUUGAGGACGCGGUGGCCCACACCUGCAGGAUUAACCGCAUCCUGGAGUCUCCCCGGGGGAACGCCCUGCUGGUGGGCGUGGGCGGCAGCGGCAAGCAGAGCCUGUCGCGCCUGGCGGCGUACAUCAGCGCCAUGGACGUGUUUCAGAUCACCCUCAAGAAGGGAUACGGGAUCCCCGACCUCAAGGUGGACCUCGCCGCUCAGUACAUAAAGUCUGCCGUGAAGAACGUGCCCUCCGUGUUCCUGAUGACGGACUCCCAGGUGGCCGAGGAGCAGUUUCUGGUGCUGAUCAACGACCUGUUGGCCUCAGGGGAGAUCCCCGGGCUGUUCUCGGACGAUGAGCUGGAGAACAUCAUCUCCUCCAUGCGGCCGCUGGUCAAGUCCCUCGGCCUGACCGACACCCGGGAAGCAUGUUGGAAAUUCUUCAUUGAGAAAGUGCGCCGGCAGCUCAAGGUGAUUCUGUGCUUCUCCCCCGUGGGCUCCGUCCUGCGCGUGCGAGCGAGGAAGUUCCCCGCGGUGGUCAACUGCACGGCCAUCAACUGGUUCCACGAGUGGCCGGAAGAUGCCCUGGUGUCCGUCAGCGCUCGCUUCCUGCAGGAAACCGAGGGAAUUCAGCCAGAAGUCAAGGCUUCCAUCAGCCUCUUCAUGGCCUAUGUGCACACCACCGUCAACGAGAUGUCCAAGGUGUACCUGGCCACCGAGAGGCGCUACAACUACACCACACCCAAAACCUUCCUGGAGCAGAUCAAACUGUACCAGAACCUGCUGGCCAAGAAGAGGGCGGAGCUGGUUGCCAAAAUCGAGCGUCUGGAGAACGGGCUGAUGAAGCUGCAGAGCACGGCCUCCCAGGUGGACGAUCUAAAAGCCAAGCUGGCCAUCCAGGAGGCCGAGCUCAAGCAGAAGAACGAGAAUGCAGAUAAGCUGAUCCAGGUGGUCGGCGUGGAGACCGAGAAGGUCAGCAAAGAGAAAGCGAUCGCCGACGAGGAGGAGGUGAAGGUGGAGGUGAUCAACAAGAACGUCACUGAGAAACAAAAGGCUUGUGAGACAGACCUGGCCAAGGCAGAACCAGCCCUGCUGGCCGCACAGGAAGCGCUCGAUACUCUGAAUAAGAACAACCUGACAGAGCUGAAGUCCUUCGGGUCCCCCCCAGAUGCCGUGGUCAACGUCACGGCCGCCGUCAUGAUCCUGACGGCGCCCGGGGGGAAGAUCCCCAAGGACAAGAGCUGGAAGGCUGCGAAGAUCAUGAUGGGCAAGGUGGACGUCUUCCUGGACUCACUGAAGAAGUUCGACAAGGAGCACAUCCCCGAGGCCUGCCUGAAAGCCUUCAAGCCUUACCAAGGCAAUCCAACGUUCGACCCCGAGUUCAUUCGCUCCAAGUCCACGGCUGCCGCGGGGCUGUGCUCCUGGUGCAUCAACAUCGUGCGCUUCUACGAGGUCUACUGCGACGUGGCCCCCAAGAGGCAGGCCCUGGAGGAGGCUAAUGCAGAACUGGCAGAGGCACAAGAGAAGCUGUCCCGGAUCAAGAACAAGAUUGCCGAACUCAAUGCUAACCUGAGCAACCUCACCUCAGCCUUUGAGAAAGCAACAGCCGAGAAAAUCAAGUGUCAGCAAGAGGCCGAAGCCACCAACAGGGUGAUCUCACUGGCCAACAGGCUGGUGGGGGGACUGGCCUCGGAGAACGUCCGUUGGGCGGAAUCGGUGGAGAACUACAAGAAGCAGGGGGUCACGCUGUGCGGGGACGUCCUGCUCAUCUCUGCCUUCGUCUCCUACGUGGGCUACUUCACCAAGAAAUACCGGAAUGAACUGAUAGAGAAAUUUUGGAUUCCUUACGUCAAUCACUUGAAGUUCCCCAUCCCCAUCACGGAAGGCCUAGACCCCUUGAGCCUGCUGACGGACGACGCGGACGUGGCCACCUGGAACAACCAGGGCCUCCCCAGCGACCGCAUGUCCACCGAGAACGCCACCAUCCUGUGCAACACGGAGCGCUGGCCCCUGAUCGUGGACGCCCAGCUUCAAGGAAUCAAAUGGAUCAAAAACAAAUACGGGAGUGAGCUGAAAGCCAUCCGCCUGGGCCAGAAGAGCUACCUGGACAUCAUCGAGCAGGCCAUCUCAGAAGGGGACAUCUUGCUCAUCGAGAACAUUGGGGAAACCGUGGACCCCGUGCUGGAUCCUUUACUGGGCAGGAACACGAUCAAAAAGGGAAAGUUCAUUAAGAUUGGCGACAAGGAGGUGGAGUACCACCACAACUUCCGCCUGAUCCUGCACACCAAGUACUUCAACCCACACUACAAGCCAGAGAUGCAGGCUCAGUGCACCCUCAUCAACUUCCUGGUCACCAGGGAUGGCCUCGAGGACCAGCUUUUGGCGGCUGUGGUGGCCAAAGAGCGCCCAGAUCUAGAACAGCUGAAGGCCAACCUCACCAAGUCUCAGAAUGAAUUUAAGAUUGUUCUGAAAGAGCUAGAAGAUUCUCUCCUGGCCCGUCUGUCAGCCGCAUCGGGGAACUUUCUAGGAGACACUGCCUUGGUGGAGAAUCUAGAGACCACCAAACACACGGCCAGCGAGAUCGAGCAGAAGGUGCAAGAGGCAAAAGUCACGGAAGUUAAAAUCAACGAGGCAAGAGAGAGCUACCGCCCCGCUGCCGAGAGGGCGUCCCUGCUGUAUUUCAUCCUGAACGACCUCAACAAGAUCAACCCCAUCUACCAGUUCUCUCUCAAGGCCUUCAACGUGGUGUUCGAGAAAGCCAUCCUGAAGACCGCCCCUGCCGACGAGGUGAAGCAGCGCGUGAUCAACCUGACGGACGAGAUCACCUACUCCGUCUACACGUACACGGCCCGGGGGCUCUUCGAGCGCGACAAGCUCAUCUUCCUGGCGCAAGUUGCGUUCCAGGUCCUGUCCAUGAAGAAGGAGCUGAACCCAGUGGAGCUGGAUUUUCUCCUGCGCUUUCCUUUCAAGGCCGGGGUGGUCUCGCCAGUGGACUUCCUGCAGCACCAAGGCUGGGGUGGGAUCAAGGCCCUCUCGGAGAUGGACGAGUUCAAAAACCUGGACAAUGACAUUGAAGGAUCCGCCAAGCGGUGGAAGAAGCUUGUGGAGUCGGAAGCCCCAGAAAAGGAAAUUUUCCCCAAGGAGUGGAAGAACAAGACGGCCCUGCAGAAGCUCUGCAUGGUGCGGUGCAUGAGGCCGGACCGCAUGACCUACGCUGUCAAGAACUUUGUGGAGGAGAAGAUGGGCAGCAAGUUCGUGGAAGGCCGGAGCGUGGAGUUUUCUAAGUCCUACGAGGAAAGCAGCCCCUCCACACCGAUCUUCUUCAUCCUGUCCCCGGGUGUAGACCCCUUGAAAGACGUGGAGGCCUUGGGGAAAAAACUGGGAUUUACCAUAGAUAAUGGAAAACUCCAUAAUGUGUCCCUGGGGCAGGGACAAGAGGUGGUGGCCGAGAACGCCCUGGACGUGGCUGCGGAGAAUGGACACUGGGUCAUUCUGCAGAACAUCCACCUCGUGGCGCGGUGGCUGAGCACCCUGGACAAGAAGGUGGAGCGCUACAGCACCGGCAGCCACGACGACUACCGCGUGUUCAUCAGCGCGGAGCCGGCACCCAGUCCCGAGUCCCACAUCAUCCCCCAGGGCAUCCUGGAGAACGCCAUCAAGAUCACCAACGAGCCCCCCACGGGCAUGUACGCCAACCUGCACAAGGCCCUGGACCUCUUCACCCAGGACACCCUGGAGAUGUGCACCAAGGAGAUUGAGUUCAAGUGCAUCCUCUUCGCCCUGUGCUACUUCCACGCCGUGGUGGCCGAGAGGCGCAAGUUUGGCGCCCAGGGCUGGAACCGGUCCUACCCCUUCAACAACGGGGACCUCACCAUCUCCAUCAACGUGCUCUACAACUACCUGGAGGCCAACCCCAAGGUGCCCUGGGAUGAUCUCCGCUACCUUUUUGGUGAAAUCAUGUAUGGUGGCCACAUCACGGACGACUGGGACCGCCGGCUGUGCAGGACCUACCUGGCCGAGUACAUCCGUGCAGAGAUGCUGGAGGGAGAGGUCCUCCUGGCCCCCGGGUUCCAGAUCCCCCCGAACCUGGACUACAAGGGUUACCACGAGUACAUCGACGACAACCUCCCUCCGGAGAGCCCCUAUCUGUACGGCCUGCACCCCAAUGCAGAAAUUGGCUUUUUGACGGUCACCUCGGAGAAGCUGUUCCGCACGGUCCUGGAAAUGCAGCCGAAAGAGACCGACUCGGGAGCCGGCACAGGAGUGUCUCGAGAGGAGAAGGUGAAGGCUGUGCUGGAUGAAAUCCUCGAGAAGAUCCCGGAGACAUUCAACAUGGCCGAGAUCAUGGCAAAGGCCGCUGAAAAGACCCCCUACGUGGUAGUGGCUUUUCAAGAAUGUGAAAGAAUGAACAUUCUGACUAAUGAAAUGCGCCGUUCACUAAAGGAGCUGAGCCUGGGGCUGAAGGGGGAACUGACCAUCACCACCGACAUGGAAGACCUGUCCACAGCUCUCUUUUACGACACUGUGCCGGACACGUGGGUGGCCCGGGCCUACCCCUCCAUGAUGGGCCUGGCGGCCUGGUACGCCGACCUGCUGCUCCGCAUCAGGGAACUCGAGGCCUGGACGACGGACUUCGCCCUGCCUACCGCCGUGUGGCUGGCUGGGUUCUUCAACCCCCAGUCCUUCCUCACGGCCAUCAUGCAGUCCAUGGCCAGGAAGAACGAGUGGCCCCUGGACAAGAUGUGUCUGUCUGUGGAAGUGACCAAGAAAAAUCGGGAGGACAUGACUGCUCCCCCCCGCGAGGGCUCCUACGUGUACGGGCUCUUCAUGGAAGGAGCUCGCUGGGACACCCAGACCGGAGUCAUCGCUGAAUCACGGCUGAAGGAGCUGACGCCGGCCAUGCCUGUCAUCUUCAUCAAGGCCAUUCCUGGGGACCGCAUGGACACCAAGAACAUAUAUGAGUGUCCCGUAUACAAAACACGCAUCCGCGGCCCCACCUACGUCUGGACCUUUAACCUGAAGACCAAAGAGAAGGCAGCGAAGUGGACCCUGGCGGCCGUGGCCCUGCUCCUACAGGUCUAGCCCGACUCGGGCCCUCACUCCCUGAGUUAUAACCACAACUCACAAUUUCCAACUGGAAACCCAGCUUGCAACCAUUCCUUAUCUAUGUGUUUUUUGUUCUCUAUUAAGUAAACAAGGUGCUUUAUAACCAAGUGCAUCUGGACUAACCAGGGGGUGGAGGUUAGCGUGGACAAGGCAGUACAGAUUAAAACUAUUGGAGCCA